AUGGGCCGACCGGCGGACGCCGACGGCGGAUUUUGCAGCGGGGCGCAUGCGCGUGGUGCCCCGGAACCCUAUGUGAUUGCCAAGCUGGACAAUGCUGAGGAGUCGUACAAUGAACUACAGAGGCGAUUGGCAGACCCUGAGGUCACAUGCGACCCAGCCGAGCUCCAAAAGACGGCAAAGGCGGCAUCAGAGCUUGAGGAGCUGGUGGUGGCCUACAGGGCGUUCAAGCAGACAAGCAGCCAGCUAGAGGAGGCGCAGGAAUUGCUGAAAGAUUCUGGCGGUGAUCCAGAGAUGUUGGAGAUUGCGCGUGACGAGAUCGCGACACUGGAACCUGUGGCAGAAGAGCAAGAGAAGAAACUCAAACUGCUUCUACUCCCUGCUGACCCCUUGGACCAAAAGAGCAUUGUCCUGGAGGUGAGGGCGGGUGCAGGCGGCGAUGAGGCUGCUCUGUGGGCAGGUGACCUCCUGCGGAUGUACGAGCGCUAUGCAGACGAGAUGGGCUGGCGGGUGUCCACUCUGAGUAUCAGCCCUGGCGAUGACGGCGGUAUAAAGGAGGGCGUCAUCCAGAUCAAGGGCAAAAUGGUGUACAGCAAGUUGAAAUUCGAGGGCGGCGUGCACAGGGUGCAGAGGGUGCCCGCUACAGAGUCCGCCGGGAGGGUGCACACAUCGACGGCCACUGUAGCCAUCAUGCCAGAGAUCGACGAAGUCACAGUGCAGAUCGACCCAAAGGACAUUGAGCUGACGACAGCGCGAGCAAGUGGGGCCGGCGGCCAGAAUGUGAACAAGGUGGAGACAGCAGUGGACCUGGUCCACAAGCCAACAGGCAUCCGCAUCUUCUCCCAGGCUGAGCGCUCGCAGCUUAAGAACAAGGAAAACGCCUUCCGCAUCUUGAGAGCAAAGUUGUACGACCUGGAGGUGCAGAAGCAGAGGGCCAAAGUGUCGGCAGAACGAAUGAAUCAGAUCGGCAGCGGAGAACGGUCAGAGAAGAUUCGCACGUACAACUUCAAGGCCAACAGAAUGUCCGACCACCGGUUAAAACAGAACUACGAUUUGACUCGGGCGUUGGGAGGGGACCUGGAAGAGUGCGUGGCCGCAUUGGUCGCCCUGGACCAGCAGGACCGACUGAGGGAAAUGGCGGAAAGCUCAGGGGAGGCUGUUGCUGCCAGGGUUUGA